UAUGUAGUUGAUAUUAUGCAGUAUAUCCAGAUUCCAGAUAGGGGGAAGGGGGAAAACAGCACCGCCACUGGGACGGAGGAGAUCCAUCAUCAUCACCACCAUCACAUGUCAUCAUCAUCAACAUCCGAUAGUUGCACCUCCCGACACUUCUCAUGGCUCAUGAAAUCCUGCUUCCCCAACCCCCAACACCCCCACCACCCUUCCCCCCUCUCCGCCGCCGCCGCAACCACUGCCAUUUCCUCCCUUCCCGAUGACCUCAUCCUCGAGUGCCUCUCCAGAGUCCCACACUCCACCCUCCCUUCUCUCCCCUCCGUCUGCCGCCGCUGGGCCCACCUCCUCAAUUCCCCCGCCUUCUUACUUCUCCGCCUCCGUCACCACCUCCUCUUCCACACCCUCUUCUCCAUUUCCAUUUCCAAUUCCGCCCUCUUUGCCGCCACCCUUCGCUUAGACCGCGACGGCGAGCCCGCCGCCUGGAAAGUCUCUUCCUUUGUUCCCUCGAAAGAGACUGAUGACGAGUCGGGAAAUGGGUCUGCUUUUUCUUUGUUCUCGCAUUUCAGGUUGGUGUCCAUUGGCCGGAAGAUAUACAUCAUUGGCCGGACGGCGAUGCUGCGGUGUGACACGUGGACUGGGACUCUGGUGCCCAAGGCCGGGAUGGGUUUCCCGAGGAAAAAGUUUGCUGCCGCGGCGGUGGCGGGGAAGAUACUCGUCGCCGGUGGUUGUACCAGAUCGUCGGUGGUGGAGGAGUACGACCCAGAUGAGAAUGUGUGGCGCGUGGUGUCUGAUGCGCCUAGGAGAAGGUAUGGUUGCAUUGGGGCUUCAGUGGAUGGGGUGUUUUACGUCAUUGGUGGAUUGAAGAUAGGGCCAUCCGGAAACGACGGCUCGGUGUGUGCUUCACGCGCCUCUGGUGCGGAGGCCGCCCAUGUGUACGCUAGCUCAAUGGACUUAUACGACGUGGCGGCGCGUGUGUGGCUGAGAAGUCGAGCAGUCCCCGGCGGCGGGUGUGUGGUGGCUGCCUGCGGCGCCAACGGCAAUGUCUACAUUCUCUCAAGCCACGCGGUGGAGCUAUCAUUCUGGAAAUUCAACGCGUCGAGGAAGAGUGCUAGUUUCGGGGAAUGGAGUAGGAUAAAGAGCCCGCCGCUGCCGGCGCAGGUUAGACUGGACAGCACGGUGAGGUUCAGCUGCGUCGGUGUGGGGGACAAGGUGGUGCUGGUGCAAGUGGUGGGGUGCAUAGAUGACUUGCUGCGAAGGAGCGGCCGGACGGAGAGAGGGCUGAAGGAAGGGCUGGUGCUGGUUUACGAUUGCGCCGGCGGCGAGUGGGGUAGAGGGGCGGAUAUGCCGGAGGUGGUACGACGCGCCGCCUGCGUGUGCGUGGAGUGCUAACGUGCGCAGGAGGCUGUCACGGGGGUGCUGUUUUAUUAUUGUGCGUGAAGUUGAAUCUUGUGACUUUUUUUUUGGAGUCUCGAGACAAAGGUGGUAAUUCGAGCACUUUAGAGGGGCAAAACCGGCAAUUCAUAUUUUUUAGCCCACAAAAUUGUGUUUUUCAAUUUAUUCAUAUGUCCUCCAAAAGUACAAGAAAUUUAUUAUAAACUACUAUUUCUUUU